AUGUCAGAGCCGAUCCCAGAAUCCAUUCCUACAAGCCAUGAUCCUCGCAGCAAACGCCCUGUCAAACGACGAGCCCUCACUCCCCUCUCAGAGCAAGCCAAUGAAAUAAAAACGCUCUUCAAAGACCCCUCAAAGGAGAUCAGACUACCAGAGCCAUCAAAACCAAAGACCCUUGCACCGCCCCCGGAGAUAAUCGCGAAUGUCCAGGGAUCCUCUGCUGGAGCAGGAUCAGGGGAGUUCCACGUCUACAAGGCUAGCAGACGACGCGAAUAUGAGAGGAUCAAGCUUAUGGAGGAGGAGUUGAAGAAGGAGAAGGAUGAGGAGGAGUUCAAUAAGGCAAGGGAAGAAGCUAGGCGGAGGGAUGAAGAGAAGACGGAGAGGAAUAGGAGGAAGAGAGAGAAAAGGAAGAAAGGGAAGGGAAAGAAGGGGAAGAGUGGCGGGGAGGAGGGAGGGGAUGAUAAUGCGGGUGAUUUGGGAGUUGUUGAUAAUGGGGUUGCGAAGGGCAGUUCGACGGAUCAGGGGAUCAAGGCUGACGGGCAUGAGAACGGCGAGGUUCCUGGUGUCAUCAUCCAUGAUGAGGAUUGA